AUGGGUGUAAAAAGCACGAUCAUCGUCCCUCUAGUACUACUACUUCAAUUGUCAGCAAGCACACAAAUCCUAGAUUUACUAGCGAGUUACGGGCUUUGGGAGAGUCGACAAAUUCGGAUAAUACCGCUUCCACAAUCUCAAUACGAUUUUAUAAUUGUCGGCGCUGGCACUGGCGGCUCAACAUUGGCAAAUAGAUUAUCAGAGAACCCCAAUUGGAAAAUUCUUCUUCUGGAAGCUGGUAAGCCCGAGGGGAUUUUCAAUCAAUUGCCAAUCGUUGUAAGUUACUUUCAACAUACUGACUAUAACUGGGGGUAUAAGCUGGAGCCCCAGGAAAAUGCAUGUCUAGGAAUGGAGAACCGCGCAUGCCCGUGGCCGACAGGAAAAUCAUUGGGAGGAUCGAGUACAAUCAAUUAUAUGAUUCAUACGAGAGGAAACAGACUCGACUACGAUUACUGGGCUGCAUUGGGUAAUCAUGGAUGGUCUUAUGAGGAAGUACUGCCCUAUUUCAAGAAGAGUGAAAAAUUCAAAAUUCCAAAUUGCUAUAAUGCAUCUUAUCACGGCACAAACGGAAAUGUGUGCGUUGAAUAUGCCCCCUAUCACACACCCCUCUCAACAGCAUUCUUAGAGAGUGGAAGACUGAUGGGAUAUAAAGUUCUGGAUUACAAUGGACCACAACAGCUUGGUUUUUCCUAUCUUCAAUUAAACAUGGACCGAGGGGCCAGAUGUAGUGCCUCAAAAGCAUACCUAAGCUUGACUCGACCUAAUUUGGACAUUGUUACCGGAGCAUUAGUAACUAAAGUACUAAUCGACAGUAAGAAAAGUGCUUACGGUGUAAAAGUUGUGAUAAAGAACGUCAGUUACAAAAUCCUUGCAACGAAAGAGGUAAUUUUAUCCGCUGGAACAAUUGCUACUCCUAAACUGCUGAUGUUAUCUGGAAUUGGACCUAGAGAACAUCUUGAAGAGCUCGGAAUCGAUGUAAUCAAAGACGCGAAAGUCGGCUACAAUCUCUAUGAACACGUUGGAUUCCUCGGCCUGACGUUUUUGGUGAAUCAAAGUGUCAGCUUAAUGGAAAAAAAUAUCUUGACAAAAGAACAGAUGUGGAGAUAUGCUUUGGAUAGAUCAGGUCCACUUUCUGUUCCCGGUGGAGCCGAGGCUCUCGCAUUUCUCCAAACAAAAUAUGCAACUGAUGCUCGCCCCGAUGUUGAACUGCUGUUUGUAGGUGGAUCAUUGCCUUCAGAUAAUGAUAUUGCGGUUCGAAAAGGCCUUGGUAUAACUGAUGAGCUAUAUAACACUGUCUACAAGCCAAUUGAAAAUAUGGACGUGUGGUCAAUCUGGCCCAUUUGUCAAGCACCAAGAAGUCAUGGGCGGAUUAAACUGAAAUCUACAAAUCCAUUAGUUCCUCCCAGUCUCGAGGCGAACCUCCUUGCAGAUCCUUAUGAUAUCGAAAUUAUUCUUGAAGGCAUCAAAAAGGCUAUAGAAAUAUCGCAAUCCGAACCUUUCCAAAGAUAUGGCAGUAGACUUCACGAUAUUCCUAUUCCAGGUUGUUGUAAAUUGCCUUUUGCAUCUGAUGAUUAUUGGCGUUGUGCUAUUCGUCACCUGCCUUCAUUGAUGGAUCAUGAGAUCGGAACGGCGAAAAUGGGACCCACUUAUGAUCCAUCUGCCGUUGUUGAUCCUGAACUGCGGGUAUAUGGCAUUCAAAGACUGCGGGUCGUCGACGCCUCAAUCAUGCCAACCAUGCCAGUGGGUCAUAUUAAUGCAGGAAUUUACAUGAUUGGGGAGAAAGCCGCAGAUAUGAUCAAGCAAACAUGGGCGACAGACAUGUGUCACUAAUUUGAUAGUAAAGUUAUCCUCUCGUUGAACACUUUGUUUACAAAUAACCAACAACAAUGAGCAAUAACGGUCUGACCGUAGAGA